GGAAUGUGUGGUGCUCUUGCUUAGACUUGGAAGAAGAUCCAUCUCCACAGUCUAAUCAAGAAUUUAUCAAACAGUGACUUUCCCUGGUGACCUUUAGAAUCCUCUCACAGGACAAACAGUGCAGUGACCUGUAGGGAUUCACUACAGUCAUGGCUUCAACUUCCUCCACACCCCUGUCAAUCUCCUCAUCAUCAAGCCUUAUUGAUGCCAAGGCUUCUCGCCAAUCAGCAGUUGCAUCGCCACAGUGUGUGAGCCUCCCUACACUCCCCCCUCCUCCUGUCCAGCCUCAAAACCGCCCCUGGAAAGCCGCUGCUUAUUGUCGAAAGAUCGCUCGCAAUGUUAUGACUAUGGCUACAGGAGAGGCCCCAGUAGCAGUCGCUUCAACUGAGCUUCCAGAGAUUGUCAAGACAGUUCAAGAAGCUUGGGAUAAAGUUGAAGACAAAUAUGCAGUGAGUUCAGUUGUAGUAGCUGGUGGAGUUGCACUUUGGGGCUCGGCUGGGUUUAUCUCGGCAAUUGAGAGACUUCCUUUGAUUCCUGGGGUUCUCGAGCUUGCUGGAAUUGGCUACACUGGAUGGUUUGCAUACAAGAAUCUGGUUUUCAAACCUGACAGGGAAGCUUUGAUUGCAAAAAUAAAAGACACAUACAAGGAAGUAAUUGGUAGCAGCUAAAGGAAGCCAGUUGAAACACUGCUGCAAUGAGAUGAACUUUCGGUUUUCUCAAAAAGAAAAAAGGAAUCAUGCCGCUUUGUGCAUGAACAUGUUGCCUUGCUUCAUUUUGUUUACAUAAGCUUCUAACCAGAGUAAAUCCAUGUAAUGUACCUUUAUCUUGAAGAUACAUGUAAUUAAAUAUUUUGCUUCCUCGCCCUUGGAAUUGGUUAUGCCCAUAAUAUUCACCUUCUAUGUGGAAGGUCUAGAGCAGCUAUGUUUAUCUAA